AUGCUAUCCCUCAAAGGAAAAGUCGCCCUCAUUACUGGCCUUGGUCAAAGCCACUGCGAAGGAUGGGGAAUUGGCGCCGCCAUCGCCGUCCUACUAGCACGACAAGGCGCCAAGAUCUUCGGUGGAAACCGCACUCUUGCCUCAACAAUCUCCACCAAAACUGCCAUCGAAGCCGAAGGUGGAUCCUGCGAUAUUGUCGAAACCGAUGUGACAUCGGGCAUCUCAACAAAGGCUCUCGUGGAUGCCUGCAUGGCGAAUCAUGGACGCAUCGACAUCCUCAUAAACAAUGUUGGGCGAUCGGAGCCUGGAUGCCCUGCCACGAUGCCGGAAGAGAUCUGGGAUUCUCAAGUCGACCUCAACCUCAAGAGUGUGUUCCUGAUGUGCCAGCAUGUCUUGCCGAUAAUGGAAAAGCAAGGCAGCGGUGCUGUUGUUAGCGUUGCUAGUAUUGCUGGCUUGCGGUAUAUUGGGAAGCCCCAGGUCGGAUACUCUGCAACAAAGGCUGCGAUCAUUCAACUGAUGAAGACAACGGCUGUCAUCUAUGCGCCUAAAGGUGUGCGCUUGAAUACUGUCGUUCCUGGGCUGAUGGAUACUCCGUAUACGAAAGGAUUGGUCUCUCGGUAUGCCGCUGACGGUCAAGCGGAGGAGUAUAUGCAGAUACGCAAUGCGCAGGUUCCUAUGGGGAAGAUGGGAGAUGCUUGGGAUGUCGCCAAUGCCACGCUUUUCCUUGUCAGCGAUGAGGCACAGUACAUCACUGGACAGGAGCUUGUAGUGGAUGGUGGUAUCACAUCUUCGACGGGAAGGACAUGA